AUGAGUUUUCGCUUUUUUCGAUUUUUCAGACGAUCACGUAAAACAGCCUCUGCAUCCAUAAGAUCAAAGCAACCUACCGAAGAGAUUACGUCAAAGAAUAGCACCAACUCAUCCGAGGCAUCGGCUUAUCGUUACGAAGGCAACCGCCGUUAUCACAACAGAGACGACGUAGCAUACAUACUCCCAAACGAUGAAGAAGAGAAUGAUCGUGUUCACCAACAGCAUUGGAUGAUGAGAGUAGCCUUUGGUGGCAAUUUUGACUCGCCAAUCGAAGAGGCGCUUGCACAGGGCAUCGAAGUGCUCGAUUCGGGAUGUGGUCCUGCUACUUGGACACUCGAGAUGUCUGAACAAUACCCGAAUUCGAACUUCCAUGGCACCGACAUUUCACCGAGGUUUCCUGAAGCCAUCAAGCCAUCCAAUUGUCAAUUCCAUCUACACAACAUAAUCGACCCAGCGCCAUUCCCGGACAACACAUUUGGCUAUGUGCAUCAACGUCUACUGGUUCUUGGUCUUUUAGCCACCGACUGGGUCAAGGUGAUCGAUGAUCUCUUACGCGUACUAAAGCCUGGUGGUUGGCUAGAGCUCCUGGAGGUAUCCUUCCCACAGCUCAUGAAUGCUGGUCCCAAAUGUACUUUGCUUAUGCAUUCCGUCGCAAAAUACGCCCGAGAGAAGGGGUUGAACCCUGACAUUCCGCACGAGAUGGAAGAUUUGAUGCGAAAAGCGGGUUGCGUCAAUCUGGUGUUCCGUGAAGUACCUAUCCCGAUCGGCCACGGUGGCAAGCUCGGUGAUCUUUUAUGGGACGACUUUUGGGAUGUCUUCAACACGAUGCAUGCGAUCAUUGUCAGAUAUUAUCCAGAGAUGGCAGACCAAGAGUAUUAUACAAAGUUUUUGUCAGAGACCAAGCAAGAGUGCAAAGAACACGGCACGUACAUUCGUUGGUAUCGUUGUCAUGGCCAGAAACCUGAAACUGCUUAA